AUGUCAUCAGUGGAAUCACACCAGAAACAGUUGAUGUCAGAUCCAUCCCCAUCACCAAACUCAUGUAGUUCCUUUGAGCUAAUAGACAUGGAUGCUGGCAGUUUGUAUGAAUCAGUUUCUCCUCAUUGGUUUUAUUGUAAGGUAAUAGAUUCUAAGGAGACAUGGAUUCCUUUCAACUCUGAGGAUUCACAGCAGCUGGAAGAAGCAUAUGGCUCUGGAAAAGAUUGUAAUGGGAAAGUUGUCCCCACUGAUGGGGGCCGGUAUGACGUUCAUUUGGGGGAGAGGAUGCGGUAUGCUGUGUACUGGGAUGAGCAAGCAUCAGAAGUGAGACGAUGUACCUGGUUUUAUAAGGGGGACAAAGAUAAUAAGUAUGUUCCCUACUCAGAGAGCUUCAGCCAAGUGUUAGAGGAAACUUACAUGCUUGCUGUAACUCAGGAUGAAUGGAAAAAGAAACUGGAGUCUCCCAACAGAGAAAUUAUUGUAUUACACAAUCCAAAGCUUAUGGUGCAUUACCAGCCAGUUGCAGGGUCUGAUGAAUGGGGUUCAACACCCACUGAGCAGGGUCGACCAAGAACAGUGAAGAGAGGGGUUGAGAACAUCUCUGUUGACAUUCAUUGUGGGGAACCUUUACAAAUAGACCAUUUGGUUUUUGUAGUCCAUGGGAUUGGACCAGCUUGUGAUCUCCGCUUUCGAAGCAUUGUACAAUGUGUUAAUGAUUUUCGCAGUGUUUCCUUGAACCUGCUACAAACGCAUUUUAAGAAAGCCCAAGAAAAUCAGCAGAUUGGGAGGAUAGAAUUUCUUCCAGUCAACUGGCACAGUCCUUUGCAUUCUACUGGUGUGGAUGUAGAUCUACAGCGAAUAACCCUGCCCAGCAUUAAUCGCCUAAGGCACUUCACCAAUGACACAAUUCUGGAUGUCUUCUUCUACAAUAGCCCCACCUACUGUCAGACUAUUGUGGACACAGUUGCUUCUGAAAUGAACAGAAUAUAUACACUUUUUCUGCAGAGAAACCCUGAUUUCAAAGGGGGUGUAUCCAUUGCUGGUCAUAGUUUAGGUUCGCUUAUAUUGUUUGAUAUCCUAACAAAUCAGAAAGAUUCUUUGGGGGAUAUUGACAGUAAAAAGGAUUCGCCAAGUAUGGAUCAAGGAGACACACUGACAAUAGAGGAAGAUCUGAAGAAACUUCAACUCUCUGAAUUCUUUAGUAUCUUUGAGAAGGAGAAAGUAGAUAAAAAAGCUCUGGCUUUAUGUACAGACAAAGAUCUUCAGGAAAUGGGAAUUCCCUUAGGACCAAGAAAGAAGAUAUUAAAUUACUUUAGGACCAGAGAAAAUUCAAUGGGCAUUAAUAGACCAAUUCCACAAUCAGCUUCAGGGUUGAAUAUGUCUAAUAUCCUCAAAGAAUCCGAGUUCUGCAGUAGUGCUGAUGGUACUGGAAAUGACUAUCUGGAUGUUGGCAUUGGGCAGGUAUCUGUAAAAUACCCCCGACUCAUCUAUAAACCAGAAAUAUUCUUCGCCUUUGGAUCUCCCAUUGGAAUGUUCCUUACCGUCCGAGGACUAAAAAGAAUUGAUCCCAACUACAAAUUUCCAACAUGCAAAGGUUUCUUCAAUAUUUAUCACCCUUUUGAUCCUGUGGCCUAUAGGAUUGAACCAAUGGUGGUCCCAGGAGUGGAAUUUGAGCCCAUGCUGAUCCCACAUCAUAAAGGCAGGAAGCGGAUGCACUUAGAACUGAGAGAGGGCUUGACCAGGAUGAGUAUGGACCUUAAGAACAACUUGCUAGGUUCACUGCGGAUGGCCUGGAAGUCUUUCACCAGAACUCCAGAACCUGCCUUACAAACUUCUGAAACUACAGAAGAAACGGAAGCAGAACCUGUGUCAAGUUCAGAGAAGCCUAGUGAUGUUAACACAGAAGAUACCUCUGAGGCAGUUAAAGAAGAAGUCCCCCCGAUCAAUGUGGGAAUGCUGAAUGGAGGCCAGCGCAUUGACUACGUGCUACAGGAGAAGCCCAUUGAGAGUUUCAAUGAGUAUUUAUUUGCUUUACAAAGCCAUCUAUGCUACUGGGAGUCUGAAGAUACAGUAUUGCUGGUCCUCAAAGAAAUCUACCAAACCCAGGGUAUCUUCCUUGAUCAGCCUUUACAGUAAAAAUGAAUCUUCUAUGGCUGCCUAAUAUGGACAUUGAGGGGUCCUUCUCCAGAAAAUCCACCUGUUUGUUGCUGCAGUUUUCCUCUCCUCAGCUGCAUCAUUUCUUGCAUGUUGCCUGUCACUCACCAUUGGGGGCUUUGGAAGAUAAUCUUCCAUUUUGGAAGUGAGUGGAAAAGCAAAGGGAAGACACCCUAUUAUUUUUUACCACUGGCUUCAUAUAAAUACUUGUCAUUCUUUCUUCAUAGCUGGGGGUGGUUUGCGUCCUUAAUUCUUUGAUGACAGUAUAUAGGUACCAGACUUUAUUGCCUAUCACGUGAGAUGGUAGUAAAUCUGCUCUGAGUUUGAUUUCUUUUGGGUUGGUAGAAAUUUGUCUAGGAAAUGUUUUAGUUUGGAAGCAGACUGUUCAGUAGGUAAUUGGGGUACAUUCUUCUCUCACUAGUGUUCUCUGCAUUGAAGGCUGCGUCUAAAUGGAUAUGGAAAAGGCUAUUGGGCAGUCAAAUUCUGUUGAGCUAUCUUUUCUUUUCUUUGAAUUCUGUAUGAAGAAAGACUAAAAUGUAACUUGAAGCAAGUAUUAUUUGCUCUCUACAGCUGAGUGACAGGUUUAUUGUUAGGAAUCACUGAUGCUAUGCUGUUCAUUGUUUUCCCACCUGUUUGGAUUCCUCUGAGUCUAACGUGGACAAUUUAGUUCACAUUAGGUGCACCUUUAUAAAGCAAAGAUGUUAUAUAUCUAGAUGAAGUCUUAUUUAUUAUUUGGUCAUAGCUUCUGUUCUUAAGUUGAGGGUAAAGCUAUAAAGGCUGACAAACCUGAAAUUAUGCAGCCUUGAAUAAGUAAAAUCUUAGUCUUGCAUUUAUGGCGAAAUAUAAUUUGUGUAAGUCACCUGCAUAUUAAUUUGAGCGAAGGUAGUAUUGUGUGUCCUCUUUGAAAACUUUGUGAACAUCAUUGCCUAUUUAAAAGACUCGUGGCACAGGCAGUGUUGGUUGAGCAGGUAGGUUUGGCUAUGCAGUAGCCAAGGAACGGCUACUCCAGAUUCAGUGUCAGAACAUGCAAAGCGAGAUGUACCUUGAAGAAAAUGGGUGAAUAUGUCUGAUUUUUUUCCAAGGCAUCUACUCACCACUGUGCUGUAGGUUUUUUUUCUCUCAUUUUCUUUGCAGUGUUUUUUGUGAUACACUCCUCUCAGAUUUCCAAAGGCCAUUGAGUGGCAUGGCCAGGCAAGCUGUUUUUUUGUUUUUAAUAAAUGUAGCAAGGUAUUGUGAAAGCACUGGCAUUUAACAUUCACUUAAGCCAUCCCUUGGAAAGCAGUGUUUAUCCCUUUCUGAAGAAAAAAGGAAGGGGAAAGUUAAUUACUGUCAUCUAGAGAUGGUAGAGGUGAGGUCAGGGUAUAGGUCAGAGCCUGGCCUUUGUUUGCCCAUCUGCUUAUAGACUAAUGAUGACUAACCCACUAAGCAGUUUCAGAUAAUAUUGAGUACUUUAUUUCCUUUGUGUGUAAAUUCUGAGUUUGAAAAAGGGUUGAGAAUUAAGUAGAUUCAAUAUAUAUUAGAGGGGAAGCUUUUGCUCUUCAUAUUAGCAGAAUUGGUACUAUUUAGGAGUAAACCAAAGAACAGGCAAGAGUGAGUAUAACCAAAGAUGAACGGCAUAACUCUGGAUAGCUGGAUAAACCACUGCUUGUUAUAAGAAAUGUUUCUAUCCUGCUGGUGUGGGGCAGUAACUGUAAAAGAGCUUUAUAUGUUGUGUAUUCACCUAUGGUAUUAUCAUGAUUAUAUAUUAUAGAGGGUAAUAAGCUUGAUUUUUUCCCUCUGGAAACAGAUAUUUAUUUAUGUAAUUGUACAGCUUUAUAAAGAAAAGUAAUGAAGGCAAAUAACUUAGAGCUAGAAAUUCCUAAGUAUGUUUAGAAUCUACCAAUUUCAACAUCAGCUGAAUAAGGCAAGCUUGAGUGGGUAGCAAAACUGUCUCUUAGUUUCCGUCUGUCCUUAGUAGUUGAAUCAAUGGAUAUCCUUAACAAAGUUAUACUGUCAGUAAAGGUUGUUUCACAGGACUACAUAUGAAACCACUCAUCUCUGCACUAGUCUUCUCUGUACUGGUUGUAAUUACACAAAGUUACCAUAUUUACAUUUUAAUUCACUAGCAUUUUAGGGAACAUAUUUCAUUUAAAAAACUAUUCUAAAAGUUACGGAACAUCUAGAGGAUAAUACAAAUAAGCAUUCUAAUCAUGAAGCAAUGUAAUAAGGUAAUGGGUGCCUUUCUGGCUGUAAAUAACAAUGAAACAUUAAAAAAUGAUGACCAAAUGGAUGUCAAAUAUACUCUUAAAUGACAUCUAACAUAGCAAGUUUCACUCAAUUCGGAGACUUCUGGGUUGAAUACGUGGAGGUGCAGUGCAGGGAGUGGUGCGCCAGGAGAGGGCAUGGAAGUUCCACAUCCCUUUCCCAUACCUUGCCUUGUGCAUCGUUUCCAUCUGGCUGGUUUUGCAUUCAGCUGUCAACGUAAGAACAUCCAGACCUGCCUCUCUCCUUGCAUGUCCACUCCCUUAAUCAUUAAGCCCUAAAGACAAUUAGGUUCUGGUCAGCAUCAGCUGUGGGUACAAAGCCUCGGGUCUUAUUAACGUGACCAUUUUUCUUUUUUGUAUUUUUUGCAACUUCCUCAUAUCUCCAGAAAGAUCAGAUAUGCUUAUUUCUUGUUCAAUUAAUAGCCAGAUGAAGAGAUUUCAUAGGGCCAGGUCUUGAACAAAGUUUCUGUUGUCUUGGAACUUGGGGCUCUGGCAUGCUGGCCUGUGAAGGAAUUCUGAUUCCUCAACCUGGAAGCCCCAAUAAGCUUGAUUUAAAUCCUUUAUUUAGUUGUAUAUCUUUUUAAUCAUUUUUUAUUUUUUAAUUAGUUGACAUACAAUAUUAGUUUCAGGUGUACAACCCAGUGAUUAGACAUUCUAUAGUUUACUAAGUGACCAUCCUGAUAAAUCUCAUCCAUACGAUACCAUACAUAGUUAUUAGACUAUUAUUAACACUAUUCCCUAUGCUGUACUUUAUAUCCCCAUGACUAUUCUGUAACUACCAAUUUAUACUUGUUAAUCCCUUCCAACCCCCCCACUCAUCUGGCAACCAUUAAAAUGUUCUCUACUAUGAGUCUGUUUCUGUUCUGCUUGUUUAUUUUGUUUUUUAGAUUCAAGUGUUGAUAGAUAAGUAUUACUGCCAUUUUAUUGUUCAAUUUUGGUCUUUUUUCCUUCCCCCCCCCCCACCCUUUAACAUUUCAUGUGAUACUAGUUUGGUGGUGACUAACUUUUUUAGCUUUUUCUGGCCUGGAGAGCGCUUCUUUAUAUGAUCAUCACUUUGAAUAUUUCUUGCCAAUCCCUUUUGGCUUGCUAAGUUUCUGUUGAGAAAUCAGCUCAUAGUCUUAUGGGAGCUCCCUUGUAGGUAACUGUUUUUCUCUUGCUGCUUUUAAGAUUGUUUUCAACGUUUUGCUUUUUAAUUAUGAUGUGCUUAGUAUGGGUCUUUUGGGAUCCAACUUGUUUGGAACUCUCUGGACUUCCUGGAUUUGUGUGUCUAUUUCCUUCACCAGGUUAGGGAAGUUUUCUGUCAUUUUUUCAAAUAGAUGUUAAUUUCUUGCUCUCUCUUCUCCUUCUGGCCACCCCAUGAUGCUACUGUUGGUAUGCUUGAAGUUGUCCCAGAGCUCCUUACACUAUUCUCAUUUUUUUGGAUUAUUACUUUUGCUGUUCUGAUUGGGAGUUUUUUGCUUCCUUAUAGUCCAGAUCACUGAUUCUCAGCUUUUUCUACUCUAUUGUUGAUUCCCUGUAAAUUAUUCUUCAUUUCAGUUAAUAUAUCCUUCAUUUCUGACUUGUUCUUUUUUUAUGGUUUCCAUGUCGUUUUUUAUGCUGCUGAAAUUCUAAGUUCUUUGAACAUCCUUAUAAUCAGUGUUUUGAACUUGCAUCUGGAUUUCGUGUUUCCAUUUUGUUUAGUUCUUUUCUGGUGUUUUGUUCAUUUGGGACAUUUCUUUGUCUCCUCAUUUUGGUAGUUUCCCUGUGUUUGUUUUUAUGUAUUAAGUAGAGCUGCUACAUCUCUCAGGCUUUGUAGAGUGGCCUAAUGCAGUGGGUUUCCUAUCGUGUCUAGUGGCAUAGCCUCCUCGAUCACCCAAGCUGGGCACUUCAGGUGCAUCCCCUGUAUGGGCUGCAUGCCUUCCUGUUGUAGUUGAGCCUUGAUUAUUGUUGAUACGUCAAUGGGAGGGAUUUUAGUUGUAUUAUUUGCACUAUUUCUUUUGUGUCAUGUGCAAUCUCUUGACCAAGCCUAUUUUAAAACUCUGGUCGAGUACCAUUUUAUACAUAGUCCCAACUCCAGAAUUGGUAUUGUUUGCAUGGAAAGAUUAAUAGCACUGAUUAGCUUUGUAAUAUUUUGCACUUUUUGAAAUGUCUGUUUUUUUACAUGAUUAUAUUUAAAACUCGAGUAAAUAUUGAAAUAAAACCAUAUUGACCUGUU